CGCGAGGCCAUUAGCGAGUGCGGAGUGGAGGGCGCGAGGAAGGGAGUCACCCCGGGCCAGCCGGCUGACGAGCUGGCGCGAGAGAGAGAGAGUGAAAGAGAGAGGGGAGAGAGCGCGCGAGUUGGCACCGGGCCUCGUCAGUAUUGGCAAUCAGGUUGGGACUGCUCACAGAGGCCAAUAAUAGUUUGUUGUUGACUGACGGAUCGUUUGUGGAUGAAACAUCAGAAAGAUACGACAAACUGCUCAGCUGUGGAAUCUUGCUUUUUUUAGAAUGUGCUGACACGAUCAAGAAGAACACAGGAGUACUUUUUUCUUAUUUUUGAAGCGUGACAUUGCAUAUUUUGCAGGAAAUGGUACAAAGCUUUUUGGAAGCUUUUUGACUAAACAAGCACUGUUCACAAUUGGAAAGUGCUUUAUUGUGUGAAAAGCUUAUCUGAAGUUUAAAGUUUCUCACCUGUUAAGCAGCUAAAAGGCAAAUGUUCUUCUGCUUGUAUGUUUUACAUCUAUAACAAUAGAGAAAAUGAGUGCCGAUGGAUAUCAAUAUAGAGCUCUAUAUGAGUACAAAAAGGAGCGAGAAGAAGACAUUGAUUUACACACUGGUGAUAUAUUGAUUGUCACUAAAAAUACUCUAUUAGCCCUGGGUUUCAGCGAGGGAGAUGAGGCAAGACCAGAUGAGAUUGGCUGGCUCACUGGCUUAAAUGAAACAACACAGGAAAGGGGAGAUUUCCCAGGAACUUACGUAGAGUUUCAUGGUUUCAGGAAAAUUUCACCUCCAACACCCAAGCCACGGCCUCCUAGACCACUGCCUGUGGCUCCAAAUCCAUCAAGACCAGAAGAUCCUGACCAGCAAGCUUCUGUUCUACUGGAUUUAACUGAGCAGUUCUCGCCCCCAGACAUUGCGCCAACAACCCUAGUGAAGUUAGUAGAGGCGAUUGAAAAAACAGGUAUAGAGUGUGCCAAUUUAUACCGGAUGUCUGGUUCAUGUGGUGGUGCUGAAUUAAAACAGUUGUUGGAUUAUGAUGCGACUUCAGUGGACAUUGAGCAGUUUGAUCUGCAGUCACUGGCUGAUGCGUUAAGGCAAUAUCUUCAGGAGCUGCCAAAUCCUGUCAUUCCAGCAUCCAUCUACAGUGAUAUGGUUUAUAUAGCUCAAGAGGUACUCAAUACAGAGGAGUGUGCACAGUUGCUAAGGAGAGCUAUCCGGUCCCAUAAUGUGCCUCACCAGUAUUGGCUUACACUUCAUUAUUUGAUCAAGCAUUUCUGCAAACUUUGCCAAAGCUCUGGGAAGAACAACCUGAGUGCAAGAACAUUGGCAGAAAUCUUCAGUCCUUUGCUUUUCAGACAACAGGCAGCAAGCUCAGAUACAAAUCCCGAAUACCACAUUAAGAUUAUAGAAGUACUUAUAGCCAGUGAAUGCCAAGAAACACAAACUACACAAGCACCAGCACCAGCUUUGCCUCCAAAGCCACCAAAACCCACACCUGUAACUAAUAACGGAAUAAACAGUAACAUGUCUCUGCAGGAUGCUGAAUGGUACUGGGGAGACAUUUCAAGAGAGGAGGUCAAUGAAAAACUGCGGGACACUGCUGAUGGUACCUUUUUAGUUCGCGAUGCUUCUACAAAAAUGCAUGGUGACUAUACUCUUACCCUGAGGAAAGGAGGCAACAAUAAAUUAAUCAAAAUUUUUCAUCGAGAUGGCAAAUACGGCUUUUCAGACCCGUUGACUUUCAAUUCAGUUGUGGAGCUUAUAAAUCACUAUCGUCAUGAAUCGUUGGCACAGUACAACCCUAAGCUAGAUGUUAAACUGCUAUACCCGGUUUCCAAGUUUCAACAGGAUCAGGUGGUAAAAGAGGACAACAUUGAUGCAGUGGGCAAGAAAUUGCACGAGUAUCAUACUCAGUACCAGGAAAAAAGUAGAGAGUACGACAGACUUUAUGAAGAAUGUACUAGAACAUCUCAAGAAAUUCAAAUGAAAAGGACAGCUAUUGAAGCAUUUAAUGAAACAAUCAAAAUAUUUGAGGAGCAGUGUCAAACACAGGAAAGGUACAGCAAGGAGUAUAUUGAAAAAUUCAGGCGUGAAGGAAAUGAAAAAGAGAUCCAAAGAAUUAUGGUAAAUUAUGAAAAGCUGAAGUCUCGCAUCAGUGAAAUUGUUGACAGCAAGAGGAGAUUAGAAGAAGACUUGAAGAAACAAGCAGCUGAUUAUCGGGAAAUUGACAAAAGGAUGAACAGCAUUAAACCCGACCUGAUUCAAUUAAGAAAGACAAGAGACCAGUAUCUUACGUGGUUGACACAGAAGGGUGUUCGACAAAAGAAGAUCAACGAGUGGCUUGGUAUUAAAAAUGAAAACGCUGAAGACCAAUACUCUAUGGUAGAUGAUGAUGAAGAUCUACCUCAUCAUGAUGAACGAACAUGGAAUGUAGGAAGUAUUAACAGGACCCGGGCAGAGAGUCUGCUGAGAGGAAAACGGGAUGGAACAUUCCUAGUCCGAGAGAGCAGCAAGCCAGGAUGUUAUGCUUGCUCUGUUGUGGUCGAUGGUGAUGUGAAACACUGUGUCAUAAAUAAAACCCCCACAGGAUAUGGAUUUGCAGAGCCAUACAAUUUGUACAACUCACUUAGAGAACUGGUGCUACAUUAUCAGCACACAUCGCUUGUACAGCAUAAUGACUCCCUCAAUGUCACACUAGCCUAUCCAGUAUAUGCUAAUCAGAGAAGAUGAGAGCUAAACACUUGGUUUUUGACUGCUAGACAUGAGGUCAUUGAAAUGGCUCUUACUCCUUUGCUCUGAUUCAGUUUGACUCCUGUUCAGAAAACAGUGUGCAAAGCUGACUUCAGCUUUCCACAGAAUUAACUGGGAGAAGCAACCGUCUGGAGCUGUGAAUGUAAAUUCCUAAAGUGCUUUUUAAGAAAGCACAAGUUAAUUGAGGACUGCUAAACUAUCUCCUUUUUGGGGAUGUCGGGGCCUAUUUUUAUUGGUGCUUGUUUACAUUCUUCAAAAUGAUUUACCAGCUGGAAUGUCGGAUACUGCAAAUCCAGGGAUAUAAAAAAAAGCUUAAGAACGAACAUUGAAAUGGUAAUUAUAUCCAGUGGUGUUUUUUGACCCUGACUGAGGAAAUAUAUCAAAAUGGAACGACUUGUUUGAGGAACAAAUGGGGACUUUAUCUUGUGUAGCAAACUGGCACUUUGGAAACCAGUACCUGAAUUAAGAUGAGGAAAGGAAUGCUCUGUUUGGUCGGGGGAAGAAUGGGACGCUCACAACAAAGUGCCAGAUUUGUAGAGUCCAGGCCAUUUGAGCCUGCUUUAUAAUCUGUUUCAAACCUGAAGGAAAAGACUUCAACAAAAUGUGGCACACGGUAUAUAAAAUCAUUGUAAAUAAUAUGUAUGGAUUAUGUCACUCUGGGAGAGUCUGAUUUAAGUAAAAUGGUAUCAACCUAACCAUACCAGAUUUUGCAUUCUGUGUUUUCCUAUUUUAAAGCUAAUGUGUUUUUGCAGACAUCGCUAUGCAGGGGCUGCAUAUUGCAUAUCAUAUUGCAUAUUUUCAGAAAAAAUUACCCACAAUAUAAGCUUUGUUUUGUUGCCUAAAAGUGUUGUCAGUUGUUAUAAUAAUCUUCUGUUAUGUGUUUUCAAAACACAAAGUGUGCCUGUGAAUGCAACUUCUAAAGUUGGGAGGGGGACAAUACUGAUGCAUCGGAAGCUUUAUUAAUGCUAUCUGAAUAGCAUAUUUGAUUAUAUUAAGCCAAGAAUUAAAAAAAGACUUCAAACUUGUUUCAGAUAUUCUUCAUUAAAUGGCAAUGGUUUUUUCAUCUAGUUCAAAAAUAUAUUUUAGCCAUGUUGCUUUUAGCCAAUGCAACCAUUUUUUAUUAUGAUGUAUCCAGAAAACACUAAAGGAAAUCUUAAAAAAAAGAAAUCUGACUCCCAUAGCCAGGCCAUGAGUUAACAUUUUUAAUGUACAUUACACUUUCUUGCAACAGCUUGAAAACUAGAGCUCCCCAUCUCCCUCCAAUUUCAUCCUUCCUAAAAUUUUCAGGCUUUUAAAACCCAAGCUUUAUAUAUAUUCUGCUUGCUGUUUUCUAAUUUUCCUCAUCUUUAUUUUCAACUUUGCCAUUGUCCUGUACUGAUGGGCCUUAGCCCUUUAACUUAGUACCUCAAUUGUAAAAAAGAAAAAAUUUGGUUUGUAAUGGAUGUAAUUGCAACCCUGCAACAGAACUUCUGGUGGCCAUGCUAGUGGAAAAUGAUAUACUUGAUAUCAAAAUCCUUUAUCCUCCAGAGCUCAUUGCAUCGCUUUAAUUCAGUUUAUUGUUUCACACAACGCAAAAGCUGAAGUGUUUUGUAACUUGGUGCACAUUUUGAGACUCCUGAAAAGAAGUCAAAAUACUCAUGUGCUGUGCUAAAUUUUCAGCUGCAUAAUGUGGCCCAGUAGCACAAGGUGGGUAACUUGCUAGCCUUCUGAAUUAGAUGGCCAUGGGUUCAAAACCCUGGAUUGUCAAUACUGUAGCUCAGCUACUAUUUACUUGUAUCUUUUGCUAUUCUUGUCCAGGGAGCUAGAGGGUACCUCAUCUCACUUCACCUCCACAUCGCAAAUGUAAAAUACCAGUAAGCCACUUGCCGCCUACAAGCACAUUUUGGACCAUCUAGCUGCAGGGUAAUAUUGGCUGCAGUCAUGAAAUUAGAUCAUGAUAACCUUACAGCUGCCCCACUGAAGGAGUGGGAAUCGGUAGAUUAUGCAAGAACCUUUUACGAGUUGGGGGGGUGGGGAGUAGAAGAAAUUCAUGAUCACAGAGGAGAAACAAAAUUAGUUUUAAAACAAUUACCUUGUAGCUAAUCUUUCUUGAGGCUUAAAUAAAGUACUGUACCAUGAAGUAUAUAAUUUUUAAUGAAAUCUGCACAUUGCAUUACUUAAAAAUAUGAGCAUCCAUAACUAUGCAACUUGAGUUGUUACAGAGAACAUGAACCUAACCCUGCUAAAAGACAAUCAAGUAAAAUUUAAUAUUUGUUUAAUCGUUCUGCAGAUCAAACAAUUAAGGUAUUGCUGGUCUAAGAUGACUCGUUGAGAAGUAAUGAGGAUUUGCUUACAACAUAUGCACAUUUUUUAGUUUGAUUUGCAAGUACAAUGCAGAUCCUCUAUGCAAAAAAGUUAUUCAACCUAUUAUCAGCAUACUAGGAAAAAUAUUGUUUACUUCAGUACAUGAUAUAUAAUGAAGCUAUUAAAUGUAAAGUAUUAGACUUUCAAUGAAAGAGGAGCUAGAGUUUAGGUUAAUUCAUUUUACUGUCCUAUUGUACGCACCACUAACUCUAUUGCACUUUUGCAUACACUUCUAACUUCAGAAUGCUUUUGCAUUUGGUAGUGUGAAACAAUCUCGAUACAAGAGGCCGCAGCAGGAUAAUUAUGGUUCCACUAGCAUGCUUUAUUUAAGCUCUUCCAAAGGUAUCAUGAGCUUUACAAAUUUAAUUCAACUGUUAAAUGUUUGGAUGUUAAGAACUGGUUAUGCGCACAGAAUUUUUCUUCUGUAUUGAAAUUCAUUUGUUUCUAUGUCUCUAUUGUAUAUGUUCUCUGUAUUUUGCUGUAGCUGUGUUUUUGAAGAAGCUUUGCUCCUUUAGUGUGUGUAAUGCUUCUUUGUUUUAAUGGUACUACUGCUGUUGUGCUUUUUUAAAAAAAGAAUGCAUUGUGUGCCAUUUUUGUUCAGUGUUGCAUUUCUAUGGAAGUUCCUUUUUUUGUGGGCUAUUCAUAUGGGUUUUCAUGUGGAGAUGCAUAUCUUAACAAGACUGAUCUGAAAGGAUAUUAAUCUUGUAAUUAUUCAUGAGCCAUUUCAUUUCUUGAAGUAAUAAAUGUAGUUGCAGAAUUUGUGCUGAUGUUGGGUGUUUUAAAAGACUCCACCAACCUAUACCAAAUCUCUAUUCCACAGGUUGCUAAGCAUGACAUUCACCAGAGUGACUGUACCUUGAGCGCUGGUUGGGCUAAAUUCACUAAGGGGAAAGAGUGUGCAGGCUAAAACUCUUGGUUGUUCUCAUGUGAGACAAUAUUCUCUUGUUCAGUUUCUUCUAUUUGGCCAGUUACUUUCCAAAAGAUAUCAGAUAACAACUUAAACAAAUUAGCCCUGCUGUGCACGUUCACAGGUAAAGUCAUUCAUAUUGUAUGAUUCAUCACCAUGAGACUGCAGUUGCUGCCCAAUAUGCUGCUAUUUUUCAAUCCUUAGAAAUUCUAAAACUCCAUUAGUUGAAUAAUGUUUGUAAAGUAGUCAAGAUUGCUUUGUUUAAAAAGCCUAUUGCUUAUUUUAUUUUCUUUUAAUAUUGGGAGGGUUGCCGGACAAGAUAUAGCUUGUCUGAGAAGGCAACGCCAUUACUGUCGAGUACAACCUCUUAAAACUAUGCUUAAGCUCUAGGUUUGAUAUAGUUGUCUCGUUUGAAGUUGCUAUAAUCCAUGUAUUUGGCUAUCAUAAGGAAUAAAGUUUUAUUUGGAAAAAAAA